GGCCCGGCCGCAUCGCUGACAUGGGCUGACCGUGCUCUCGAAAAACACAAACUCUACAACGAAUUUCAUUGCGAAUUUGAAUUGCAACUUACAAGUUUCAGUUGCAAUAUUCGAAUUUUCAAUUUCAAUAUUCGAAUUUUAAUACUCGAUUUAUGAAGUUCGUGUUUAAUUUGGGUGGAAGUGUUUUAAAUCUCACGUGACGGACUCGAUGAGGCGAUGUCACCGACGGCGCUGGGAGCUGACCUGCCACAGCGCUGCGGGAAGACGGAGAACUACCCUCAAGCUCUGCUCGGCUGGCUCUAUCUGACACAUGAUCAAAACGAUCAGUUAGUACCGAGCUCGGUAUGGGGUUCAUUUCCCACCGCAGCGCCAUGCUCGGCCCUGCCAACUGCCGACGAUGCGAGCUCGCUCGGCGAGCAGUUCGCCGCGCUGUCACUACGCAGGCCACAUCGCCCUCCGCCGCCCACGUACAUGUGCCAUCUCUGCUUUAAGACCGGACACCAUUACAUAAGAGACUGUGAUCAGGCUCGUCCGAAAGGCGAAGGGCUGACCCCUUACCAGGGCAAGAAACGAUGCUUCGGAGAGUACAAGUGUCCGAAGUGCAAGCGCAAGUGGAUGAGCGGCAAUUCGUGGGCCAACAACGGGCAGGAAUGCAUCAAAUGUCGCAUCAACGUCUUCCCCCAUAAACAGAGACCUCUGGAGAAACCUGACGGCCUGGACGUCAGCGACCAAUCGAAGAUCCACCCCCAACAUCUAUGCCAAAAAUGUCGCUCUCUCGGCUACUAUUGCCGUCGCGAAUAUUAGCUUCUUUCCGGAGACGUGGCAUGGACGAGACAGGUCAUGGUGAAACUUUUUGAGUCAGCAAUCAUCCGACACGAUCACGACACGAUUCUGAAAAAAUCUUAAUUAAAAAUGAAACUAGAAAAUAAAUUCUGUAUGAGUAAAUAUCGAUAUAACAUAAGCACCGUAGGAGUUGAUUUGGAAUUUUCCGUGCAAAAGGUUUUUAGCUUUCCUAAAAAUUUUAAACUCAAAAAAUAUUUUCAUAUAUAAGUAUAUUAGGCGUUUUUUCUCACUAGAUGUAAAGGUACCUAUAGAUUUACUCGAUUACUUCGUCAUUUUAGAUUUAGAUUUUAGAUUCGAUAGACACCCACGCCAAAUUUAAAUUUCAUAGUGUCGAUCGCCAAAAACUGGCUGUCGAUCAUCUGUUUUUUUACACAUUUACUCGAUUUUGUUGAUAUAAUCAUAUGUGUCGAUCGUAAAAAAUGCGAUAUCAUUAUGUUUUCCUUACACAUUUACUCGAUUUUGUCGAUCACACUUAUUGAUCGACAAGAAAUAUGAUGGCGAUCAUCGGUUGUUUACACAUUUACUCGUUUUGUUUGAUCACAUAUGUCGAAAGACAAAAAAUCGAGCAAAUCUGCUCGAUUUAUUGUAGUUUAUUAACUAAGUGCCUUAUCGUAUUAAGAACACAAGAAAGUAGUUAAAGAUUAUCGAUUUAAAUUCGGCAGUAUAAUAAACCUAUUCACGUGAGUUUACUAAGCUCGGAACUUCUCUAUGAAGAGUUAUAUUAUAACAUGACAUAAAUUGUCAACAGUUGCCCAUUUUACUUUAGACUGCGAAAAAAUCCAAAGAUAAAAUCAAAGUGUUUGUCACAAAAUUAAAAAAGUUGAUAACAAAAUUUUAUAUUAUAUACUUGUCAAUUUGCGAAUAGAUGUUAAAAGAGUUUUAUAUAGUCUACGUAACUACUACGUAGCUAUAUGAAGAUAUAUGACAAAAUACGCACAGUCGAACACUAUAGUACAAAUUCUAUAGUUCAAACUCUGUGUUUUUCCCAUCAAAUAACGUAAGAGCCUCAGCGAAUAAAAUAAAAAAAUAAUAUUACUGACAAUGCAAGUGAAUAAAAAGCUACAUAUCGAACGGAUCUAUAAGCGAGCUAAAGAACUCGCUUUACUCUGUCAUUGUCCGUAAUGUUAAAAAAAUAAUACGCAAAAUUGAAUACCUGAACAAAAACGACACAAUCAGAUUUAAAAGAACUUUACCUAUUAACUUAACAGGAACAAAGCCUUUUUAUUUUUUCGCUUGGGUUAUUAGUUGAAUCCCAUUUUUAUCUAGAAUAAGAAAUAUAUGUCUAACAAUAUUUGAAUUACAUGAAUACUGUAUAUUUCGAACAAAAUAUUGCCUUUGAAAAGAUUUUAUCCAUGUUUUUAGAUGUUUUUUUUCUUAGUUUUAAGUUCAUAUGUAAGUCUUAAAAAUCUUUUAAGUAUACUCCGCAAGGCAGUACAGUUACUUACGAAUUUUUUUAUGUAUAUUUAGGUAAUCCAGUUAGUUACCUUACAAUGAGUUCAAAUCAAUCAGUUAAAUUUAAAGUAAAAAACAUUGCACGUUAGACGUUUAAUCUUUCCAGCGUUAGACGUUACCUUCAUGUUAGUUGAGGAUUGUGUCAUUCUGAAAGCCACGCGGUUUAUUAUUACAUUAAUCGCUAUUAUUUUAACACGAACUCAACGUUGUACAACAAAUGAGAAAAGACGUUUUUUAACAAUUUAUUUAACUUAUUGAUUUGGAGUAUUAUAGGGCACCCUAACUAGUACGGCUUGCUGUCGCGAUCUCAGUCAUUUUUGAGCAAGUAAUGUAAAUAUUUCUCAAUUUUUUUAAGCGCUUUAUUAACGUGUCCCAACUGCUAAAUACCUGUACAAUUAUAUUAAAUUACACUACCAAUGUAAUAGAAGAAACAACUACCUAUACGAAAGCAAUCACGUGCAAUUACAUUUGCUAGUGACAAAUUAACACUGGUAGUCAUGUUAUUGCAGUAAAUUUGGACUAUGAAACGAUAGAAACCAUCCACAUCUGUCUAUGAAUAUGUGAUACCUCGUUUUCCAGUCACACAAACGCAAACCGCGAUGUGCCAAAAUAAAAAAUACACUAUUGUGGUUUAAUUUUGGAAAGUAACUAAGGGCGCCUUCAAAUUACACGCUUAUAGAAGCCUUGGCGCCACUGCGGCACUACAGCGGCAAAGUUUUUUUCCGCAAAUACUCUAAUACAAAGCGAAACGUUGUUGUUCGUAUUCUACAUUUAUCUUUUUAUCACCCACCAACAAGGCAUGAAAAUUUACAAACACCGCAAUCAGAAUCUCAAGGUUUAUUGUGCAAAAUGACUCGGUAAUUAAAUGGUUAGAGUUCACUGUUAUUAAGUAUUAUUAAGUCAUUGAGCAUAUUAUUGUGAAAUAUCGGAGUAUAAUAUAUUAGAAUACUUUAGUAACCAAAAUUGCCACUGAAAUUAAUCAGAGAACACUAAGGGCGCCUUUAAAUUAGAGUAUGUAAAGCGCAGCUGCACCACAGUCGCCGCGCGCGCGCGCCACUUUUGCAGACUAGAUAUUGUAUGAAAAUUAGUAGUGACGCAGGUACUUUGCCACGGAAGCUUCUACAAUCGUUUAAUUUGAAGGCACCCUAAGAAUUAAUUUCAGUACUGUUUUUUAUACCCAUUAGAGAGCGCACACAGUAAUCUAUUCUAAUUUAAAGCGGUGUUAAGUAAAAUAAUUACCUCACAACACAAAUUUUAGUAAAUAAAUGGGCUUCGCAUUUAUCACCGAUAAUCGUUGUUUGUCUAAUUAUAUUUGUAGUGAUAAUUGUACCUUGACCAAAUGCAAUAGCUGAUAUAUUACUACAGAGCGUUUAAAAAACCUUUCAAAUCAAAUGAGUGACUGGUAAAACAUUACAUACUAUUAGAAAAAAUUGUGACAGCAAACC